AUGUCUUUCUCUUCCCUUCUUAACCUAAUCCCCCUCCCUAUCGCCUCCCUUCUCGCGAUCCCCAUGCUAUCCUCUUGGUCCACAUCGCUCAAUCUCAUCUUCCUCUCUCUGGCCUGGACCACCCUCGCAGCUACCUACUCACCCCUCCAACUUGAGUUUUUUGGUCCAUUCGCGUUGCGCCUCGCGCUCUAUAUCCUGCCCUCUCUUAUUUUCUUGAUCUUCGAUAUUGGCGUGCCAAGUUUGGCAGUCGAGUUCAAAGCGCAAGGAAAAUGGGGUAUAGCCACACACCAGCGCGGUGGGAAAGCAAAAGUAAGGAGGGUGAUGGCGUGGAGUUGCGCAAAUGUGGUGUUGUGCGUGGUGCUGCAGGCUGCAAUUGAAUUUCUUGUAACAGAUGUGCUGAGGUUAAAGAGCUUGCUGUUGAUCAAGGGGAGUCGGUGGGGAUUGAAUCACUUGCCGAGUCCGUGGAUGAUGGUCAAGCAUGCGCUGGUUGGGGUUCUGUCGCGAAAUGUACUUCAAUAUUACAUUCACACUCACCUGCUACACUCGCCUAGUGGCGGCAGGCUGUCAGACUGGCAUACAAGCUGGCAUCAUAGUAUCCAGGUGCCUUACUCAUUUGUCGCCAACUACGACCACCCGGUCUGUCACAUGAUGCACCGGUGGCUACCACUGUAUCUGCCUGCAGUUGCGCUGCGGAUGCACAUCCUGACCUAUCUUCUCCUAAUCGCCUUCUUCAGCCUUGAGGAGACGUUUGUGUAUUCAGGUUACAAUGUGCUUCCUUCAACGAUUAUGCUACGAGGCAUGGCGCGGCGAACUGACGCACACAUGCUUAGCGAAGGAGACGGUAACUACGGCUCUGUUGGUGUAUUGGAUUGGUGUCACGGAACGACCAUUGGAAAGGAUGUCACGGAAGACCUGAAAGCAGAAAUGCAGAAGCAUGAUGUGGAGGGGAAGACAGGCAGAGCAAUCGAUGGGGCGGGAGACGCGGCCAGUGGUUUGUCAGAAAAGAUCAAGUCGAGGGUUAGAAGGGGUAGGGGCAGGAAAUGA